UUCAACAUUUGUUACCAAACACCAGCAACCAUAAUGAUUGGCCUGGUGUGGCAAGAAUGAUUAACCUUCAAGAUGUCACCCGAGGAUACAGGACAACUUUCCAGAAGCAACAACCAGCAUCAGUGACAACCAUGAAGCGUCUGAAGGAUUCUGUCUACUGGCUUUAUUUUCAAUACAUGAUGAUCACCUGCUGCACUGAGUUAGAGCCCUGGGAACAAAUGACAGCGCAUGUUAUCAUUGCCACUGUUGUUUCUAUGUUGGUGUUCACAGCUUAUGUAUUCAUUCCUACUCACUUGGGUGUGGCUUUUCGGUUCUUUUUGCAGUUAUUGUUGAAGUAAUGAAAAAAGAUCCUUAUUAUUGUUAUGUCUGAACUUGUGUGUCUUUGUAUAU